AUGCCACCUUGUGAGGGGGCCCCCGUGAAGUUUGGUGAUGCCAGCAAGUGCAAGCAGAGCGAGGAGGAGAUCCGCCAGGCGAUGCACGAAGCCAAGGAGAUGUGCUUCAGCAAGCUCCAGGAGCUGUACGACUUGCAGAUGGAGUUGGGGAAGUGCGCGGCAAGCAUCACUGAGACCAAGAAGGAGGUGGAGGAGGAUCGCCAGCCCCUGCAGCACAUUCAGCAAGAAGCUGAGGAGUGCGAGAAGGCGAAGGCCAAGAAGGAGUCGGAAGAGUCCUUGGGCUUAGGCUUAAGCUCCGAGAAAGAGGGAUCACACGAGUUUUGCCCCGCCUACAUCUCAGAGCUGGAGGCUGGGCUGAAGGACUACACUUUGGCCGUGGGGAACUGCAUCUCCGUGCAGGUCUCCGCCAGUGUGAAAAUCCCAGAGAUCAACAUCGAGCUGCCUGAGAUCAAGGUGGGCCAGGUCCACGAGGGUUCCUUCGAUGUGCAGAUUCCCAACUUCGAGGCACCGGACUUCACGGGUGACAUUGUGGUGCCCGGCGGCGGUGGCAAGCUGAAUGUGGCUGUAAGCCAUGAAGGCCAGACGCAAGGUCACGCGGAAGAGCCUCAAGAGGCGAAGCUGACCUUCGACCAGCGAGUGGCGAACAUCAAAUCGGACAUUAAGUCAUGCGAAGAGGCGAAGACGAAAGUGGUAAAGACAAAGGAGGAGGUUGCCGGCAUGAAGACAGACAUCGUGCAGCAGAAGGAGAAGGCCUGCAAAGAAGCCGGCAGCUUGCUCCAGACUGGUACCAGCCCGGAGGCGAGCGUCGCCAUCCAG